UCUGACAUUAACAGUUUAGUCUUAUUCGGACGAAAUUCCGGAGUUUUUUGUCGAGUGAAGGAGAAAAUAAAUUAAAAAUGACUUCGAAUUUGUCUGCUAUCGAACUAUUGAAAUUGGGAAAUGAGGGAAGGAUAAAACCAUUCCUAAAUCAAUAUUGGCCUUACAUCCUCGGUGGUGUAUUUGGAAUAGGAACGGGCGUAAUGAUUAACUUUGGCACGAAACGUCCACUCAUGAGCGGCAUUCAAAAACAUAUACUUGGUGUUGUGGGUUGGACUGCAGCAAUAAGUGUUGUGCAAAACAAACGAGAUGAAUACUUAGCAGAAAAGGAUGCUGUUCUCAGGCACUAUAUUGAGCUACACCCAGAAGAUUUCCCUACUCCCGAAAGGAAGAAGAUUGGCGACCUCUUGGACCCUUGGGUACCAAUUCGUUAAUUUUAUUUAAUUUAGUUGUAUAUUAUGUUAAAAUUAGCACAGACCUAUUAAUAAAAUGAAUUAUCCCA